AUGUCUGUCACUGAUGUACGCCGGUCUAGGGUCGACAAGCGGACCGGUCAAUCGGUUGCGAUCAAGAUAAUCGACGUUGAAAAUGCCGAUGACGAAGUCGAAGAUAUCAUACAGGAGAUCUCGAUAUUAUCGGAGCUCAAUUCGCCGUACGUCACCAAAUAUCAUGGCUCGUUCCUGAAGGGAUCGGAUCUAUGGAUCAUAAUGGAGUUUUGUUCGGGGGGCAGCUGCUCGGAUUUGAUGCGUGCGGGGCGCAUAUCGGAGGAAUAUAUUAUGAUUAUUCUUAGAGAACUGCUGCUGGGGUUGGAUUACUUGCAUAACGAUAACAAACUACAUCGAGAUGUCAAAGCGGCAAAUGUAUUACUUACGGCGAAUGGACAGGUCAAGUUGGCCGACUUUGGUGUUUCUGGUCAACUAUCGGCAACAAUGACCAAGAAAAACACCUUCGUUGGAACCCCGUUCUGGAUGGCCCCGGAGGUUAUCAAACAGUCGGGUUACGACCACAAGGCUGAUAUCUGGUCCCUGGGUAUCACGGCAAUUGAGCUAGCUAUGGGGGAGCCACCACUCUCAGACAUUCAUCCCAUGAAGGUUCUCUUCCUGAUUCCAAAGAACACUCCACCUACCCUCCAGGGAGCUUUCAGCAAAUCGUUCAAGGACUUUGUUGAUCUAUGUCUAAGGCGUGAUCCGAGAGAACGACCUACUGCCAAGGAGCUAUUGAGACAUCCGUUCGUUAAACGUGCGAAGAAAACAACAUACCUAACAGAGUUGAUAGAACGCUAUGAACGAUGGUUUGCGAAGAACGGGAACCGGCUACCGGACGAUGAAGAUGAUGAUAUAUAUCACCAGCAGGAGCAGUACCAACCUGCCAUGGCCGGAGGGGACGACGAUCUAUGGGACUUUGGCACCGUACGACCGGCAGGGGGGAACAGAGCUGCUGGGCUGCGUGCCAUGAACGAGGCUGCAGCAAACGCAAGGGCACAGGUCCCCAAUAUGCAGAGUCGAACUCAGUCGAAUAAUAGCCAUCAUCCCGACUUACAGGAAAAUAUUCACAGUAAACUGUCGAAAGAGACGCUCAAGAGCCCGCCAUCACCGCAGAAACGAAAUUUCACUGCGGAAACACCGCCUGCGACCCCAAGCAAUGUGUCCAGAGUACCGCUACCAACGCCUCAGCAUUCUCAAACACAGUCGAUACACCGCGAUCAACUAAAGACACCAACUGCCCUUGGGAAGCCUCACCCUUCUCUGCCACAGCAGGAAGAAGAAAGCCCUAACACCCAUGAUUAUGACCGGGCAUUGCAGCGAUCACUAGCCCAGGACCUUAACUUCCUAAAGCUAGCGGAGUCCCCUAACAGCACACCAACGCAACCUAUCCCAAAAGCACCCGCUACUGAAGUAAUCCAUAGGAAGCCAGCUCCGAUGCAAUUGCCUGAAAUACCUCCAUUUAAGGGGCCAUCUAGGUCAUCGACCCCCACCCAUAUGUCCAAACCCCCGGGACAGUAUCCUCUUCCUCCCCUCUCGGCUCAUCCUUCGUCCAAUCUUUCAUCCCAUCAUCAUCAUCAGCAGCAACAACAACAGCAGCAGCAGCAGCAGCCUCAAUCCACACGCUCCCAACCCCCAACUUCAGCACCAGAACAUACCCCUGCCCCUCGCAAAUCUCGCGACUCUCUAGACUCCAUCUCCUCCCAAUCAACAGUCCACUUCUCCUCUCACGACCAACCUAACCCCAACGAACCCAUCACCGCACUCAACGGUGUGAUCCUCCCUGCCCUCGAAGCCGCUCUCCACCGCCGCACAUAUGCUCUCAACUCCAUGUGCCGUGUCCAACCAGGCACCCCAGCUAACCAACGGCCGUCGACAGAGCAGAUACAGCGGCAGGUAUAUGCACACGAGAAGCUCAAGAGGCUCGUCGUCAAGGCUGCAGGCGUAUUCAAGGAGAUCGAGCGAUGGGACUCUGAGGCGCCGUUGGGUAUGGGCGGGGACAUCAAUGCGUUCCUUGAAGGCUUUUUAGAGGAGGUUCUUGUUCGUGUUGAACCGGAGGAGGACCCAGGAGAGUGA